GAACCAGAAGUGCCAUUUGCUGGUUGCCAUUUCAGGAGAUAAUUUGGGAUCCCAUUCUAUUGGGGGCUUUUUAGAAAAUUUCAGCCAGGCUGAUCAUUGCUUGACUACUAUCCUCUUCUAGCUUACAAAGUGUAUAACCUGACACUAAUUGCUCUCCACCAUUCUUUUUCAGAGGCAGUUUAAACAGGCAGGUGACAAAAGCAGACAGGACACUGAAUACUGGAGCAGGCUGUUGAGAACAUGAAUCGUGAAGACAUAGAGGUAGCAGUCUCAACACAUCUACUCGGCCUGUCUGUUCAAACUCUUACUUCCGUGCUGGAGGUGUUAGAAGAGCUUGGCGUUGAGAGCAGAGCAGACCUUGCUUUAGUUCAAGAGAAGGAUCUGGAGAGAUGCCUUCGACCAAUCCAGUGUCAUAAGCUGCUGAAUGGCCUUAAGAAUGAAGCACUUCCAGUAGUUCAGAUUGAAUAUGCUGCUGUCCCCUCUUCACCUCUCAUAAGUACUUCUGAUCCCCCAUCCUCGAGUUCGGCAAGAAGUUCAAGCCUCUUUGCCUUCAUCUCCACUGGCUGCAACCCAUGGUAUAUAGACUUCUAGGUCAGAUGGGACAGGAUGCCAGCAGCAAUUCGAAAUGCAUUGUCAAAUGAAGCAAGACCAUCACCAGGGGAUAGAAAAGACAUGGUGAGGGCAGUUGUGGACCAAAUGUUCGAGCAUGAUCUCAACCCAACAAGAGCAAUAUGUCACAGCAUCGCCCGGAGCAUUGUACGAGACUACCCGAAAUGUUUUGCUGAUGUCAGGAAGAAAGGGGACAUUGUUGGAGAUGGCUGUCACUCUCUUCUCCAACAAAUUAAAACAAGAGUGGAAUAUAAAAACCGAAAUAAUACCCUUGCACGGCGACGCAGAGAAAAAAGAUCACGCACUGCAGUGGUAGAGGGGGGCAGAGUAAUGGCAAGAGCCCCUGUAGAUCAGUACGGAUGUGUGAGAUGGAGUCCUACAGAACUCCCAUCUGGAGAAACUAUGGAAACCUUGUAUGAAAUAAAAAAGCAACUGUGUAACAUCUACUCAGAGAAAGGAAUGGGCGGGGCAGAGACAGCAGAAGCUCUGAUGGAGAAGACAUAUAUUAUCCAACGCCAGUACCUUAACAGUGUUCCUGCACCAGCCGUUGUGGAGAUUACGGAGGAGUGGCCUUUUCUGUUUUCGCAGAGAGGCCUUUACGCUCACUUCGGUCUACUGACAGAUGUCUCCAUCCUCGUUAAAUUGCAAGAGGCCCUGAACAGCAAAGGCAGUACCAUCAUUCGGUUCUGCCAGGAACUCAGCCGUCAUCCCACGAUUGAGGACAUCCUGGCUGAUUACAAGCCAGAGACAUCAGACAAGGCUGCGUGUGUCCUUCUGCUCCUGAUGGCAUACUUCAAAGAGCCCAAGACCUCCAUCAUGCUUGAGACUGAUCCAUGUGCCACUGCCGCUGAUGUCCAAAGGACAGAGAUUCUGCCAAGCACCCCCUGCUUGAUUGUACAAGGUGACCUGAUGAAGCCAAGGUCGUGGAUGCUGUCCAUUGAAAAAAAUGUUGUGAUGGGACCACACAACAACAUUUUGAGCAGGUUGGCUGCGCUUUUCGCCAGCUUCUACAAUCUCAAUCUCCAGUACCCUGAGGACAGUUCGUGCACUUUGGAGUUCAUUCAAAGAUGCUUCUUGGGCAUCAACCCAGAAACGGGCUCGAAGGCGAAGAGGAAGCGUGGCAACAUCAACCCACAUGUGAGCACGUUCAGCAGGAAACUUGUGGACUUUGAGUGGCAGGCAAAUUAGAAGGAACUUUGAGAAAACUUUGAGAACCCUGUUUAAAGGUUUAUAUUGGUUUAAAGGUUUUAAAAAGGUUUAAUAAAGGUUUAUUUUGUUCAAUAUAAUGCAGUAAAAUGUACAUAUUCUAUUUUUCAGAUGUUUUAAUACUGACUUGACCAAAAAAGGCAAAUUAGAAGGAACUUUGAGAAAACUUUGAGAACGACGUUUAAAGGUUUAUAUUGGUUUAAAGGUUCUUAAAAGGUUUUAUAAAAGGUUUAUUUUGUUCAAUAUAAUGCAGUAAAAUAUACAUAUUCUAUUGUUCAGAUGUUAUAAUACUGACUUGACAAAAAAGGCAUGUCAUGUUAAAUGUAAUUGCACUUGGCACUGAACAGUUCAAUUAAAAAGUGAAAACGAA